AUGGAAGAGUGGAUUUGGGGGGAGGGGGGAGAGAGGGAGAGGGAAGUUAAGGGAGGAGAGGAAGAAGGGAAGGGAGAGAAGAAGAAGAAGGGGAGGAAGACAGAAGACAGACAAGACAGACAGACAGAGAGUAGCAAGAUUAAGAGGGAGAGGGAGAGGGAGAGGGGGGCAAGAGUUGAAUGGAAAUGGAUCAAUCAGUUCCAGUUCGGCUUUUGGUGGAGAAUAAUCUCUUUGGUUGGGGGAUGGAUGGAUGAAGGGAACAAGAAGAAGAAGAAGAAGAAGAAGAAGAGCAACAACGACAAUAAUGAUGUUAAUAUACUAAUUAUAAUCAUCACCAACCAUUUAUCUCGAUCUUCCCCCCCCCUCCAUCCCAGCGAGAAAAUCAGAGAUAGAUCUCCCAGGGAAGGCAAAGAGAGAGGGUUGGGUGAUCGACCGCUGGGAGCCAAGGGACGGCGCUUGCAGACCUGCUGGUUCAGGGGGAAAGAACCAACUAUAUUAAAACGUCUGACCGCCACCAUCAUCACCACCACUAUCACCAACCAACCAACCGACCAACCCAAGCACAGACAAUUACUAACUAAAGUACGGAGUACAAAAAAUAUCACCCCAGCCAGCCUAGAUACACUACCUACAGAUGCAUCCUACCUACCUACUUAG